CAUCAGCACCCCGUCGGUGUCAGCUGCUCUUGUGUGAGAUCUCGCCGUAAACUCACCUCGGACUUUCUUUCACAGCACACCUCCGGGUCCGGCUGUUGCCCUCAAUUGUGCAAGCUCGCGAAAGUGUGCAUCACACAGUACGCCCCGUGUCCUCCCUGACGAGUUUCUACACCAUCUGCGACACCUCUCCCAAUCCUUCGCCGUGCCCCACGAGCUUCCCUUCUUUCUAUCAUUGCCUUUGAUUGAGAUGAAAGUGUGCAUCGUCGGCUCUGGCUUUUCUGGCCUGAGCACCGCUUCGGUGCUCAAGUACUUUGGACAUGACGUAACGAUAUAUGAAGCGGCCACUUCAGCUGGCGGAGUCUGGAGCGACUCUCGAAGAUAUCCAGGCUUGACGACCCAGAACACCAAGGAUACAUACGCGCUUUCCAGCUUGCCGAUGCCGAAGCAUUACCCCGAAUGGCCGACGGGCGAACAGGUGUGCGAAUACCUUCAUGCGUAUGCGGAUCAGCACGAUCUCAAGAGCAGAAUGAGACUAGGAACAAGAGUGGUGGAGACGAGAAGGUUAAAGAGAAGCACGGCGGAGCUGGUGGAUCAUCAAGUAGAAGGUGGACUGGCACCGGUCAAAUGGCAAGUCGUCGAUCAGCACGGACAAGCGGAAGAUUUCGAUCACAUUGUCAUUUGCACUGGUACCUUUGAUCAACCGCACCUUCCCAACUUGAAGGGUAAGGAGGAAUUCGAGGCAAACGGUGGACAAGUGCUGCACUCCAGCCAAGUCCAUGAUAGCAAGACAUUGAAAGGCAAAAAGGUUGUCGUACUGGGCUACGGCAAAUCAUCGCACGAUCUUGCUUACGCGGCUUCGCUGGCUCCAGCAGCCUCAGUCACGCUGGUAGCCAAACGCCUACUGCACAAGCUCCCACGCAAGCUCGGAGGGGUUUUACCAUACAAGUACUUGCUUCUCACGCGAUUAGGCGAAGCCUUGUUCCCCUACAUUCGUAUCACGAAUCCCUUCGAAAAGGCUUUGCAUCACGGUCCGCUGAGGUGGUUGAGGGAGGCUAUGCUAGGCAGCAUUUCUUCCCUGGUCCGCUUUCAGCUCGGACUGGGCAGCUUGGGACUAGUGCCGCCCACUCCAUUCGAAGAGAUUGCGUGCGCCAAGAUCAGUCUUGCCACUCCUCACUUCUUCAGCAGUGUCAAGCGAGGCGACAUAGACGUCAAGGCGCCUUAUCGUAUCCAGAGGCUGGCAAAGGGGACGAUCACUAUCUACCCAAUCAGCUCCGAGAGGAGCUCAAAAGCCGACGACAGCAAUCCCACGCGUCCCGUCGCGGACGGCGUCGAGUCCAAAGCGUCCGCUGGAGCCAGCGAGACGACACUCGACGCCGAUGUGAUCAUUUGCGGUACAGGUUGGGAACAGAAUGCGCCCACUUUUCUGCCGCAAGACGUGCAAGAGAGUCUUUUGGACGACUCCGGAAAUUGGGUCCUCUAUCGUAGAGUCUUGCCAUGUUCUCCGCUGGCGUCAGGCAUCACUUUCAACGGUUUCAGCUCCUCUCUGUUCUGUCCAACAUCCUCAGAAGCAGUGGCGCUUUGGAUCGCAGCGUACUUAUCUCAAGGAAGGAGAAUGUUGCCUUCUUCCAACCUGUCUCGCGAAGCCCAACUGGACAUCUUGCGCACCAAAGCCGAAUUGGAUCUCGAGUGGCUCGGGGAGAGAUCGGGCGGUCAUCAUGCACGAGGCACAAACGUUGUCCCCUUCUCCCUCCACACCAUCGACGAGCUAUUGGCUGACGCGGGCGUCGGACUCAGCCUGUGGAACAGGUUGAAAGAAUGGCUCUUACCCAUUAACCCAAGCGCAUACAAAGACCUUGCUCCAAGACUGAGACAACGCCUCGAAAGUCUCCAAGCGCCUGAACAGGGCAAAAAGACUAUUUAAAGCACCUCUGUGUCGCUCUGCCAAAACAGGGUGCAAUCGCUUAUACCAUGCAUCCAGCGCGGCUCAGAUAUUUCCCUCUGCUUUGGGAACGUGCAGCAAUAUCGCAGCGCUGCGCAGCGCAACAAGCUAUGCUAGCAUCCACGAUUCAGCUAUACGUUGCGAGAUUGUACAAAUAUGCAUUUUUGGCACAAACGGAAUAGAAUGAAAGAGAGCCCUUCGCAAUAGGCGUAUGAAUGGGGUCACCGAGGCAUAGACCCGCUAGCCAUCUCUUCCAAAUUCCGAAUCAAGCCAUCAAAUUCCUCCUGCAUUUCUUCGUCUUCGAUCAUCGAUCCGAACAUG